AUGAAGGUCGAACCGCGCACCCAGUUCAAAAACAACCACGACCUCCUUAGCUACCGCGCCGAUCAUCACGACCCCCACACAUCAAAUCUCCAGCAGCCCGGCCAGCCCACCGAGGACAAGCACGUUCCACUGCAGGUGUCGUUACGGGGUUUCGAAGUUGAGCCCGCAGCGGCGCUCAAAAUAAACAUCAUGGGUCUCGCGUACAACACGUAUCUGAACAGCAAUAAGAUAUAUGGCUGCAAGAACUGCAAGGCUCACCUCUCUAACCACGAGGACAUAAUCAGUCGGAACUUCCGCGGUCAACAUGGCAAGGCUUACCUCUUCAGCAUGGUGGUCAAUGUCGAGACGGGCGAGCCCAACGAGCGCAACAUGACAACCGGUCGCCACAUUGUCAGGGACAUAAUUUGCAAACAGUGCAAGGAGAUCGUCGGGUGGAAGUAUGACAAGGCCUACGAGGCUACGGAGAAGUACAAAGAGGGCAAGUUUAUACUUGAGGCCGAGCUGCUGUGCAGUGUAUCCUGA